UAUCUCCAAUGGAGGCGGUAGCGGAGCAUCUAUUUGUUGAGCUUCCGUGGUUUCCAGCGUUUUAGCCGGUCCGUGCACGCAAAUGGUUCUGCAUGUAGUCGAGGGUUCCCUGGUUGCUGUUGUAGGGCCUCCACUGCUUGUUCGAGGCGUGUCCGGAGCAGGGUUUCUUCUUGCCUCCAUUCUGAAGCCUUUUGGAUGCACACUUAUUUGUCAUAUUUAACACAUUUUUGAACUUUAUCGAAGAAGGGCAGAGAUUGAUUGUUUUCUGAUAUCGAACGAAUUUUGCCAGCUAAUGAAUUUUCUAUACCUUGGCCUUUGAGCCACGUAUGGAAGCGGGGGGUGAGAUGGGCGGCCAUUUUUCUAUUUAUUCUCCUCGGAGUCUACGGGAUCACGCCAGGGGGGUGAAAUGUGUCCUCCGAUCGAGUUUCUGCAGUUAAUUGGUUCGAGCGUGGGACUACACUUGUGAGCAUUGCUGCAUGGGUCGCUGCCAAGAAGGAUGUCGAAAUGUUACCCUUAUUGAGUUGUCAUGCGAAAUGAGGAGAGGAUCAGGUCUGUCUGUGGGGUUUGCCCUUGUCGUAGCGAGUAUCCCGAACUCGUGGAGGAAUCUGCUGAGUGUACCAGGAUUGGCAUGUGUUGCCCUCCUUCAGGUGCGUCGAGAAUUCCUGGAUCUUUUAACAGGUUCCUUGGUUCUGCUCCUGCUUGUAGUUCAUUUGGAGCACAUGUGGAGGGGCGGGGAGGUGAUGUCGCGUCCCUUGUGUGUGUUCCUGCAAUAGAUUCCGAGUGGCCAUUCCUUUGUGGAUUGUGUAGUGCCUCACAUUCUAUCACAAGGUGUGCGGUUGAGAGACAAUACCGACACCUUAUUGGAAGAUUGUUAUAAUCAAUUUUAAUCAACGUCAUCUCCCUUGUAAUUGGAUUGAUGGCUCCUAACGUGAGGUCGAAUGGGACGCCUGCUUUAAGAGCCACGCAGAACUUCUGAUCCACGCUGUAAGCAUUUCUCCUGUUCUCAAGUACGGGUCUGAGGCUUUGCGCUAGAUCAUGGGCGCUGCUUAUGAACUUUCAAACUUAUCCAAACUGGCAUUUUCAUGCCCACAGAUGUUGUCGGGUUGAAUCUAGGGAUCUAAGGCUGCAAUACACAAGUCCUCCAUCAAAAUACAUGAGGUGUCCGUAUUAAAAGUUUAUGCGUCGCAGCUUCCAAUUUGCUAAUCACUUGAAAAAAUCCAUAUCCGAGAUCACGUCCGAGUUUCAAUUCUUUAGUUGUUUCUUUGGCUAGGAUUUUGAUGCAUUCUUGCAACAGCUUUGGAGUUUAUUUCAUGCCUACAAAGUAUGCAAUAACAACCCGUUUUUGGUAGUAAUCCAUUUCGUUUUUAACUUUCGACCCAUCUAGUUGCACUUGCACUAUUCGCUUAUUCAAAAGAAAACCUUUACUGUUGCCAAACAAGCCGUCAGGUAGAUGCUCACAGGUGGAGUGUAUUGUCACGUAUUUGUCCAUGUGUGCUGUUGCCGCGACCAGUUUGGGUUCCACCUUGUUGUCUAGCUUCCUUUUCUACCCUUCGGUUUUCUUCAAAAGCUGACUAUGACACCGGCGCAUGUGUCAUUGUGAUUUUAUCGCCGCCACGUAUGACGCUGGCAAUGCCAUUGUUCUUCCCCUGGGCAAUAAGCCUGGUACAGCUGCUCACUUAGACGCAUUGGCUUACAUGCUCUCCAUUGUUUACACUAAGGUUUUGUACAAUUCGUCCAAAAUCCUAACUCUGCCUCGCCCUAAGUGUAUAUCCCCUGCGCAAACCAAGCUUGUGAUGCGAGGAUAUUUGAAAUAAAAUAAUAUUCUUCAA